UUCACUUUCUUUCCCACAGCGUGCGUUAUACAGUCAAAAGGAGACGGGAGUGACUUUAGAACUAUUUCAUAUAUUAAUAUUUUAGUUUUAAUCCAGUGAAAAUAUGGAUCUUGUACAGCCGACUCAGGAGAAUGCGGGACAGAUGGUGAAGGACGAGUUGGCAGAGAAAUGCCAGAAGCUUUUCCAGGCUUUCUUAGAAGAGUACCAGACAGCAGACGGUGAGGUGAAGUAUGUCCGUGAUGCUGAGGAGCUGAUCAGGCCAGAGAGAAACACUCUGCUGGUCUCCUUCACUGAUCUGGAAGGAUUUAAUCAGGAACUGGCAACCACCAUCCAGGAGGAGUUCUACAGAGUGUAUCCCUUCCUUUGUCGUGCGGUGAGGAACUUUGCUAGGGAUCAUGGGAAUGUCCCAGUGAAUAAGGAGUUCUACUUGGCCAUUCAGGACCUGCCCACCAGACACAAGAUCCGUGAGCUGUCCUCCCUGCGUAUCGGCUCUCUGGUGCGGAUCAGUGCACAGGUAGUGAGGACGCACCCCGUACACCCAGAACUGGUGAGCGGGACGUUCCUGUGUCUGGACUGCCAGGGGGUGUGUCCGGACGUGCCCCAGCAGUUCAAGUACGCCCCGCCCACCGUCUGCAGGAACCCCGUCUGCAGCAACCGCGCUCGCUUCCACCUAGACACACACCGUUCCAAGUUCAUCGACUUCCAGAAGGUGCGUAUCCAGGAGACCCAGGCAGAGCUGCCCAGAGGGUCCAUCCCCCGCUCUCUAGAGGUGAUUCUGAGGGCUGAGGCUGUGGAGACGGCCCAGGCCGGAGACCGCUGUGAUAUCACUGGCUCACUGAUAGUGGUUCCCGACGUCUCCCAGCUCAGCACCGCAGGUGUGCGAGCAGAGACCAGUUCCCGUGUAGGAGGGAGACAGGGUUAUGAGAACGAGGGCCUUCGCGGUCUUAAAGCCCUGGGUGUCAGAGAGCUGUCCUACAGACUGGCCUUCCUCGCCUGCCAUGUGGCUCCUACCAACCCCAGGUUCGGAGGGAAGGAGCUGCGUGAUGAGGAUCAGACGGCAGAGAGCAUCAAGAGCCAGAUGUCAGUUCAGGAGUGGGAGAAGGUGUUUGAGAUGAGCCAAGACAAGAACCUCUACCACAACCUCGGCACCAGUCUGUUCCCAACUAUACACGGUCAGUACUACACUGUUACUACUACUACACCACUACCAUAUUACUACAACAACCUCAGCACCAGCUUGUUCCCAACUAUACACGGUCAGUACUACACUGUUACUACUACUAUACUACGACACCACUACCAUAUUACUACAACAACCUCAGCACCAGCCUGUUCCCAACUAUACAUGGUCAGUACUACACUGUUACUACUACCAUGUUAUUACCACAGCCUUUGCAUGUGGUAUUCUGUGUGUGUGUGCAAUGUGUGUAUAAUGUGUGUUUGUGUAGGUAACGAUGAGGUGAAGCGUGGUAUCCUGUUGAUGUUGUUUGGGGGUGUUCCUAAGACCACCAUGGAGGGAACGUCUCUCAGAGGAGAUGUCAACGUCUGCAUUGUCGGAGACCCCUCUACCGCCAAGAGCCAGUUCCUCAAGCAUGUGGAGGAGUUCAGUCCCAGGGCUGUGUAUACCAGUGGGAAGGCCAGCAGUGCAGCAGGUUUAACAGCAGCUGUGGUUCGAGACGAGGAGUCACAUGAGUUCGUCAUCGAGGCCGGCGCGCUCAUGCUCGCUGACAACGGUGUGUGUUGUAUCGAUGAGUUUGAUAAGAUGGAGACCAGAGACCAGGUGGCCAUCCACGAAGCCAUGGAGCAACAGACCAUCUCCAUCACUAAAGCUGGAGUCAAGGCCACUCUGAAUGCCCGUACGUCCAUCCUGGCGGCUGCUAACCCAGUCGGUGGUCGCUACGACCGCAGCAAGAGUCUGAAACAGAACGUCAACCUAUCAGCUCCCAUCAUGAGCCGCUUCGACCUCUUCUUCAUCCUAGUGGACGACUGCAAUGAGGUGACAGACUAUGCCAUAGCCAGACGUAUUGUGGAUCUGCACUCUCGCAUUGAGAACUCAGUAGACAGACUCUACUCUCUGGAUGAGAUCAGAAGAUACCUGCUCUUCGCCCGGCAGUUCAAACCCAAGAUCUCUGGUGAGUCAGAGGAGUUCAUCGUGGAGCAGUACAAACGGCUGCGUCAGCGCGAUGGCUCUGGGGGCGUGGCCACAUCUGCCUGGCGAAUCACAGUGAGGCAGCUGGAGAGCAUGAUCCGCCUUUCUGAGGGGAUGGCCCGCAUGCACUGCUGUGAUGAGGUCCAGCCAAAGCACGUCAAGGAGGCAUUCCGCCUGCUCAAUAAAUCCAUCAUCAGAGUGGAGACACCUGACAUCAACCUGGACCAGGACCAGAACCAGGAGAUGGAGGCGGAAGAGGAGGGAGAGAACGGUCAUGACGUUCCUAACGGAGUGAAUGACCAGGAUAACGGGCAGGUGAACGGCCACACCCACGGAGUUACCGGCCAAACCAACGGUGUGAAUGGUCACGCUGACAGCAGCUCCAGGCCCUCGCUGCGUCUCACCUUCCCAGAGUACCGCCGCAUAUCCAACCUGCUGGUGCUGCACCUCCGCAGGGCCGAGGAGGCUGAAGAGGAGGAGGAGUUGAAGAAGAGUGCAGUGAUCAACUGGUAUCUGAAGGAGAUGGAGUCAGAGAUUGACUCAGAAGAGGAACUCAUCAACAGAAAGAGCCUCAUAGAGAAGGUCCUGCAUAGACUAGUGCACUAUGAUCAUAUCCUGAUUGAGCUGUCUCAGGGGGGGCUGAAAGGGUCAGAGACAGAGACACAGGAAGAAGUUCUAGUCGUUAACCCCAACUACACUCUGGAGGACUAGACUAUUCUCAUCCCUCCUUUCUCCCCUCUAACUCCCUUCUCUUUCUAUGGGUUUAUGUCAGACUCCAAUUCAAGACUCUUGAAGCUGUUUUUAUUGAACAUUGAUCUGUGUAAUGACAUUUUAAACUUGUGGUAAGGUUUCAUUUCAUUCCUGCUUUGUAGACUUUUUCACAACUCUAGCCUGUUUAAAAAAUUUUUAUUUUGUAUUAUUGUAGCCAGGUGAGUAAUGUAAAUAUGUUGCCCUGAUUUCUCCAGAGCGUUUGCUGGCUUAUGGCUGUUGAAGUUUGUGCGUGUCCUCAGUUAACUUAAUGUUAAUCCACUGACUGUACCUCCCAUGUUAAAUGUAUGCAUACAACAAAAUAGACACAAAUGAAAGUCUGCCUUUGAUGCAUAUGUUUUAUAUAAAAAAUACAAAAUAAGUGAGAAAAACAAAGAGAAGAAAAAUCAAAUGUUUGAUGCUGUUAAUGCCCUCCCUGUGGCCGGUGGUGUUUCACUGACCUCGUUAGAUAUGUCUCUGCAUCUUAGCUGCUGUGUGAAUGGCUGUACUGUGUUUAUACUGCGCUGGUCUCGUCAUUUAAUAAAGGACUGUCUUCUCCAUGUGAUUCACA